CCUCGGGUCGUUCACAGGGCCUCGUUUAGCCAAACCCCAGGCAGCGGGGAACAAGGCAUCAAGUCGAGCUUGAGGUCUUUGCUUGUAUAUUCAACCAUGGCUUCUCUCAAUACGUCUACGAACGGACCUUCUAUCUCCAAGAGCUACCAGUCGGUCGUCAACGCUCCACCUCCCUCCGGACAGGCCGCAAGCUCCCCAACCUACGGUCAAUGGGCCGUCUUCUCUGUCGCGGCGCCUCUAGCAAAUGCAUUCUCACAGGACUCGGCAAACAAGGAGAGCGUUUUAAAAGUGCAGAGCACAGGAGAAGGGGAGCUGAUCGACUUGGUUGAUGAGUUCUCUGAUGGUCGGAUCCAAUUCGCCUUUGUCAAGGUCAAGGAUUCCAAUAGUGGCUUGCCCAAAAGUGCUCUGGUUGCCUGGUGCGGCGAAGGAGUUCCGGAAAGAACAAAAGGCUACUUCGGGAGCCAUUUGACAACUGUUGCCAAAUUGCUACAUGGCUACCAUGUCCAGAUCACUGCAAGGUCUGACCGAGAUCUGACACCCGAGGGAAUCAUUCAAAAGGUGGCUGAUGCAUCUGGUUCGAAGUACUCUACGAGCAGCACUGCUCCUCCGCCAGUUGCCGCCACUAAACCCACUGUUGCCUCGAAACCUGCCUUCACUCCUACACAAAGCAGUGGGGUAACGGGCGGAGGCUAUAAUCCUGUUGCUCGAAAUCUGCCCAAGAAACAGACAGGUGUUGACGAGGAUGGGUGGGGUUCAGACGCUCCGCCCGUAACUCGGACCCAAUUGGAAAAGGUUGGAUCUGCUUACCAACCUACAAAAGUCAACAUGAGAGAAUUCUCCUCACAGCAGCCUGCUGCGUCAUCAUUCAAUGGCAGUCAAGGAGACGACCGGCCAGGUGUGGUCAAGGGAGCAUACCAACCGGUUGGAAAGGUCGAUAUUGCAGCUAUACGGCGCCAGGCUCAAGAAGCAGGGACGUCACGCGACGAGCGACCGGAGCCUGUCAAGAGUUCUUAUGAACCUAUUGGUAAGGUGGACAUUGCUGCUAUCCGGGCAAAGGCUCAGAAACCGGACGACUCGUCGAACUUUUCUCGGCCACCCCCAGUCUCAAGCUCGUCAACUGGCCCAUCUGAGGAACCCGAACGGCCUCGGUCGCUGGCCGACCGGUCGGCUGCUUUCUCGCAAGGGCCCGAGCGACUCACUUCUUUGCCCAAACCCAAGGUCGCGAACAAGUUCGGCGGUAGUUCGAGCUUCACAGGUACAAGGGCUCCCCUCCCUGGCGGAUUCGAGUCCAAGGCCGCUGCACCGGCUGCACCUGUAGGGGCCGCUAGCAGAACGUUUGCUGAUCAAGGAGGCAAGACGCCCGCUCAACUUUGGGCAGAGAAGAAAGCACGUGAGAGAGGCAUGAGUGGCUCAGGUGAGCCACCUGUAUCCCCUUCUGGCCAUACUGGACAGCCUCCUGUGGCCGCACAAAAGAGUGGUGGAGAAUGGAAAAGUGGUUAUGCCGGCAAGUCGUGGGCACCUGUGCAGAUCAGUCAUACCGGCCGUGGUAGUAUCGGCCAACAAACGACCGGAGAUAGCGCGGGCGGGGCUCGAGAGGAAGAAGAGGAAGCUCCUAGUUCGCCUUCUGGAGGAAUUGGCUCCCUUCGUGAUCGAUUUAGUGGAGCUCCGCCUAUGGGUGCUCCCGCAACCUUCGACCGAGCACCACCACCAGCUCCAGAACCAGACACGAGCAACAAGCCCAAUCGUGGCAUACCGAUCCCAGGCUCGUUCCCAGGCUUGCCUAGUCGACAGCCUGAGCCUGAGAAGGAGGAGGAGGAGGCACCAGCAUUGCCAACGCCGCCUCUGCAACCAAGAAGCCCGACGCCACCUAUUCCUGAUGAGAUGAGGGAAGAAUCGCCGAUUCGUGUUGCUGUGCCGGUCAGUGCGUCAGCAGCGCCUAUAGAUGUAGCCGAUGCGCGCGAGGAACAAUUCUCCCCACCGCCACCAAUGCCUGCCGCCUCCAUUGCACGAGCUAUUCCAACUCCAGCAGAAGAGGAAGAUGAUGAUGAGCCUGCUCGAGGCCCUGAUGCUGGAAGAGCCGCUGCACAUGCGGCGGCUGCUCAUUCCCUGGGACAAGAGGCAGUCGACGCUGCACCUGCAGCACCUCCUGCUCCUGGCGGAGAAAGAGCUAAGGCCGAGUAUGAAUAUGAAGCUGCCGAAGAGAAUGAAGUUUCACUACGUGAAGGUGAAAUUGUCACCGAUAUUCAGAAGAUUGAUCCGGAUUGGUGGCUGGUCAAGAAUGAGGCUGGACAGACCGGACUUGUACCAAGUAAUUAUCUGGUGCCGAUGGAGGAUGAGGAAGGUACUGCCUCAGCACCAGCAGCGACGUCCGCGACCGGGACAGAGCAUGAAGAGUCUGCUCCCCAGCCGCCCGGUGCUUUCGGAGCUACUGCCACAGCCCUUUACGACUACGAGGCUGGCGAAGACAACGAAUUGUCGUUCCCAGAAAAUGCCACCAUCACCAAUGUGACAUUCCCCGAUGAGGACUGGUGGCAUGGUGAAUACAACGGUCAAUCAGGUCUGUUCCCAGCAAAUUACACCAAGAUCGAUGAGUAGGCGAGGAAUGAUCCGUCAGUAUCGUAGAUGAGCAGCCAUGAAGAAAAAGGGUUCCCGGGACAGGGACAUAAAAGUGCGUCAUUGUACAUCAAGGUCCCAGCAAAGCAUGCCAUGUCUCGACAGCGGCCUUGCAGAGAGGACAUGGUUGAACGAGUACGUAGGCUUCGAGCAGGCGUGAUCAACAGCCAUUGAAAAGAAUUUUCAUCUGCAUCGAUGGGGUGCAGUCAAUUUUCUACCACCUAUUGCACCUAUUGGAGGAUGAGCCACCGAUAGAAGAACCCAGGGGCAGGCAAAAUCGGUGACCCUAAACCAGUUAGUAGCAAAGCCCCAGCUGCAGCUAAGGCAUCAUCUUCCCCAGACAAUAUUUUUUCCUUGCCGGUGAUUGAAGAGAUAGGAUUUCGGAAGUCAGAAAAAAUAAUUCUUCUGCAGCACGCGAGUGAAGAAGA